ACUGUCAGUGACCGUUAAACUUCUUUCGUUCGGUGGAUCGGAAUCCGCCGGAAUUGCCGCCUAUGUUGCUGCUGCAGGGGCCAGAGAUACGUGGCCUCGCGGCGCUGUCCGCGGCGGAGAAGCCAUCAGAGGCCGUCACCAUGACGAGGAAAACGCUCUCCGGCGCAUUUCGAACCGUAAAGAACCCUAACCCCAGAUCCAAGAUCGCCUCGAAUCCGUCAGCGUCCUCUCAAUCGCCCGUAAGAUUGUCGGCAUCUUCAGCAUCAACGUCGAGGCGGGUAUCCGAUCCAAGGUCAAGAACAUGGAGCGUGUACCUCAUCCUCUCCACCAACGACCCGAUCAAGACCUAUGUGGGAGUUACCACCGAUUUCACUCGCCGUUUGAAACAACAUAACGGUGAGCUCAAAGGUGGGGCAAAAGCAUCGUCUGCUGGAAGGCCUUGGGUGUGUGCUUGCGUGAUUCACGGCUUCAAGGAUCAAAGCGAAGCGUGUUCGUUUGAAACCAAAUGGAAGAGCUUGUCAAAGAAACUACCUCGCAAAAGGGCAACAGAUGACGCGGCGAAACCAGAAGAUGCUCGCUCGCUUCUACUGCUGCGGCACAGAGAAGCUGCAUUAGAUCAAGUUAAAGGUGAAAUUGAUUGCAGUCACUUGGAAAUUGACUGGCAGUUAAGUCCUUUGUGAUGCAAUAGACUUACUGCUCACACAAAGUAAGGACAUUGUCGCAGUUGAAAGCUGCUGGCAUGGAAUUUGGGAGGACUAUGCUGCCAUCCCAUGAAAUAUUUAUUUGGCACGAGAUCUAUACAGGCUUGUCCAUAUAUGUUUUCAUUGUGAUUAUAUAUGUAACUCAAAGUUAAAGUAUGUCCGUGUUUGACAUAGUAGCGAUUUUUUUUUAUGGAGACGAUAAAAUGCCUUUGCUUCACACUGACAUUGUAAAAGAAUUGAAAGGCUUGAAUAAGAGGUGGAAAUGUUAUACACUUAUGGGAAUCUGA